AAUCGGUGGCCGGUGGAGACCGGCGCAGCAUUUAAACCGGUAGCAGAGACUCAGCUGAAUUUUACGCCCUCCUGGUCAGAGGCGAGGGCGAACUCUAUGGAAAGAGGAGACGGCAGCGACGUGCCUUCGACCAGCCAGAGGGGAGAGGUGAAGAUGGACCCUGGUAGUAAGAAGGAAGACUUUCUUCUUUUGGAAGAUGAAAAAUUUGACUUCGAUCUUUCCUUGUCUUCUUCAAGUGCAAAUGAAGAUGACGAAGUCUUUUUCGGGCCUGUCGGACAUAAAGAAAGAUGCAUUGCUGCCAGUUUGGACUUAAACCGCCAGGUUCCUGAGCAGCCCCUUGCCCCAGGCUCUGGCAGCCCCUGCACCUGGAGCCCUCUCACUGGGGAGAAGUUUGUGGAGGUGUACAAAGAAGCCCACUUACUGGCCUUACAGAUAGAAUGUCACAGCCGAAGAGAGGUGGCCCAGGCCGCCAAGCCUAGAAGUGCUGUGAGCCAGGCCAAGGAAACAUUUGUGCAGGACUCACAGUUAAAAAUAAGUCUCUUUGAGAAAGAACAGAAGAGAGACAAAAGUCCCUUGUCACUUAAAAGAGAGACAUUCUGCCUGCCGUCCUCGAGGGCGCAACCGCUCUUGGGGGAGCCCCAGCUCCUGGCUUCUCCAGGCCUGCCCAGCUCCCCUCUCCCAGCAGGCCCUGUUCAGACCCAGAGCAGCCAGGGUCCGCCCUGUUCCUCUCAGCCUCCAAGUCAGGCUGGGCCUCAGAGGAGAAUAACGAGCAAGCUACAGCCACCCCGGGCUUUGCCUGUGAGAGGAAGAAAUCUUUACCUGGCCACAGAGAAGCUCAAGAAAGAGGUGCCAGCCAGCGUUCAGCAGACGAAGCCCCUGAAUGAAAAGGGAUCCCAGAGUGAUGUGCUCCUGGACAAACACAGCACAGCUCCGGAUGCUGCCAGUCGAGAAGGCCGCCCAGGCAAGAGGUCACUCCCCAUUCCUGGCAAGUUGGGACUGAAGAAGACCCUGUUAAAGCCACCGGGCUAUACUAGCAAUCUCACAAAGAAGUCCUCUACCUCAGGGUCGACUUCAAGCCUCGUGUCUGGUGUUGGCAGGUCUCCCACAGCAGGCAAAGCAAAGCCCAGUGAACUUUCAAGUAUUCCCGCUAGCAGCUCCCGGCGUCAGUCAGGCACCAGCAAGUUGGGCAGAGUAGGACUUGCCACGUCACACCAGGCUUUGCCAGCAGCCCCUGCCAGGGCAUUUUGCAAACAAGCCAAAAAGGCCGAUGCUGCCCAGACAGUGGCAGAGCAGCCCAAGGCCCUCACCCCAAGUCCUCUCGCUCAACAACCCCAGACUCCAAAACACAAAGGACCCAGAGUGGACCUGGACACCGAGACAUCUCAGUUGAAUAAAACUGUCAGCAUAAAACGACAGGACUCCUAUCUAGGCUGCAAGACAGAGGCCGCGUCUACCACAACAAACCCAUUUAAAGUGCCCCAGUUUUCUGUUGGUGAGUCACCUGAUAGAGUGACCCCAAAGAUCUCAAGGACACAUCGGCUGCAGUCCUGGACACCAGCUGGCAGGGUGGUCAGCAGCACUCCUGUGAGACGCUUAUCGGGGCUCACUCCACAAGGCCUGCCCAGCAGUAUGAGGACCCCUCUGAGCACAAGACGGAUGUCAGUGUUGCCCACACCCGCCAGUAGGCGUCUCUCUGGACUUCCAUUAGCAGCACCUCAGUCCAUGCCUAGGGCUCUGGUGUCCCCACUGUGUGUGCCUGCUCGGCGACUUUCUUCUGAGCCCAGGAGAAGAUCUACAGUCAGAUCGGAGCUGACGCAGGAGAGCAGCAGCAAUGGCAGUGCUGGGCAGGGCCAGGGCCUGUCCUCAGAUGAGAGCUCUUCCCCUCCAUCCUCGGUGCCUCAAGCACUGAACUUUUCUCCAGAGAAGAGUGACUUUCCUCCUUCCCAAGGCUCCUCCACAGGAGCAGGUCAGGGUGAAGCAGAGCCUCAUGAAGACACGCACCCCAGUGAGGUACCUGGAGGUGAAUGCAGUUCCACGCCAUCUGAGGGUCUUCUGCUAGACAUCAAGCUGGACCAGCUCACCAUCGCUCCUGAAGCCGGAGACAGAGACUUGGCCGACUGCCCUCUCAUCGACUUCAGCAACACCCCUGAGUCGAACAUGGCUUUGGGACCUAGCAGCUGGCCCCUGAUUGACCUCAUAAUGAACACUCCAAACAUGGGUAGAAGUGAUGUGGGGAAGCCUCCAAAGGCUGAGCUCGGCCAGCUGAUCGACCUGGGCUCCCCACUGAUCCAGCUGAGCCCUGAGGCUGACAAAGAAAAUGUGGACUCACCGCUCCUCAAGUUCUGAGCAGAGCACAGCCCUCCGCUGUUUAUUCUGUUUCCUUCUGUUGGGGCCUUAGAGCCAUAGAAACAAAUUUUAGAAGGAAUUGCAUUUGAUAGGGGAAGCCCAUUAUACUGCUUCUGUCUGGAGUGGUGCCCAGGUGGGGGCCCCACUAUGGACCUAAGCCUUACUUCCAUCUCUGUGGCUGCCCUGAUCCCUGCCUUUCACUGGGCUGAAACACAGCUUCCUAAAAAAAAUUGUUUUGAUUCUUUUGUAUGUAAAAUAGAAAAUGACUGUAAACUUAAAUUUGUUUGAAAAUUAAAUAUUCUAGGUUUAAAUUAAAUUAUAAAAUAAAGUGUAUUAAAGCAUGCUUGGUUUUACACUUGA